CAUGUCCUUGUUGUCAGUAUAAGCACGGACUGUUUAUUUUCUUGUCCGUGCUUUUUUCUUCGAAUAGUGAAAGUUAUCGAAAAGGAAAAAAAAAAAAAAAGUCGAUUGUGAACGAUCUGAGAGAUUCGUGCGGAGGAUGCUACGUCUUGGACGAUGAUGAUUGGAUACCCCACGCACCUGCAGCUUCCUCUCCUGACCAGCGACGAGGACUCGAGCGCAGGUGAGGAGGUAAAGGCAGAGGACUCGCUGUUCGUUUUUCGGUACGGUGGGGCCAAAGGUCAGCUUGAGCUCAACGACAGCCAGGGCAUGCCUGUGGUCUGGCCGCAGUGGGAUGUGUCCGCCGCCAACAUCGCCAUCACUUUCUUCGCCGCCCUCAUCAUUUUCUUCACACUGGUUGGCAACUCGUUGGUGAUCGCGGCCGUGGUGAAGGAGCGGCGCUUGAGGAAGGUCAGUAACAGUUUCGUCAUCAACCUCGCUGUCAGCGACAUCCUCGUCGGCACUCUAGUGACUCCCAUCGCCCUGGCGUAUCAGCUACACGGGGAAUGGAUCUUCUCCCGCAGUCUGUGCGACUUCUGGGUGUCUGUUGAUGUCACGUGCUGCACGGCGUCCAUCACCAACCUGUGUGCCAUCAGCUACGACCGCUACAACGCCAUCACCCAGCCCCUGAAGUACGCCAGCAAGCGGACCCUCAAGAGAGCUCUGCUGCUCAUUCUCAUUGUGUGGCUGUAUUCUCUGUGCAUUGCUAUCCCUCCCUUCUUCGGGUGGCGGACCAAGGAGGACGGGUUAGUGUCGAAGGAAUGCAAGAUUUCGCAGGACGUCGGGUACACAUUCUACUCCACCGUCGGUGCCUUCUACCUCCCGCUGCUCUUCAUGUUGUUUGCCUACAUCUGCAUCUACCGAGAGACGAGCAAGCGCACGCGACAGUGGAAGCGCGGGCCGGGGUCGAGCAAGAUGAUCUCGGAGCGAGACAGCGAGCAGGAGGCAAUGAACAUCCGCAUGAUGGCGCUAGCCAAUGAAGAGCAUCAGCUGUCGCCUCCUCCAGAGCGAGCCUUCCUCCAGCCCCAGCCACCCUGUGCGUUGGGGUCGGCACCCGGCUGGGUACGGGGUCGGGGCUGUUUCUCCGAGGCUCUUCUCUUGUGCCACGACACUCUCUUCCCUGCGAAAGCGCCAUCUUGGAGAAAACCGUCCACCCCCACCAAACGACUCGAGCACUACCACCUCGUCCUCUACCAACACCACGUCCUCCUCCGAUCUCCCCAUGGAUCCCUACGGUCCGCCCCGUCGUCUCUCGUCGGUGCUCGUGCGUCAGAACACGCUGGUCUCCAUUGGAGACAGGAAGGGGUCGCUGGCGCGAGUCUGCAAGACGGUGGAGAGGUUGACGAGGGCAAGCGUCCUCUAGCCACCAGAAAGUCCGUCACCUUCCUCGCACCUGCCCCCAUCAGGUCCGCAGAGAAGCUGAAGGAGGAGAUCAAGGAGGAGACAGCCCCGGACAAGACUGUGUACGCGACCGUGGACAUCCUGGGGCAGGCGGCCAGGAGCAAGAGAGCAGCCAGCGGGCGAGGGGUCAGCAGUCGAGGGCUGAAGCAUCGCAAACGUAUAUCAGUAUCGCAAGAAAAACGAGCCGCCAAGACCCUCAGCAUCGUCAUGGGCUGCUUCAUCGUCUGCUGGUUGCCCUUCUUCAUCGUGGCGCUGAUGGAGCCGCUGUGUAAAGACUGUCAGCUCCACCCUGCAUUGGUGGCGGUGGUGCUGUGGUUGGGGUAUUGCAACUCUGCUCUCAACCCCAUCAUCUAUACAUUCUUCAAUAAGGAUUUUCGGUUUGCAUUCAAGAAGAUGAUUGUGUGUUCCCACAGACGGUCUGUAUCUUUAUGAUGAACAUGACGAUGUAGGUGUUCUCAUUCAGCAUUUUAAUGUCAUAGAUAAAAUAUUGCUAGUUAAGAGCAUUCCUCACGUGAUCUCAUUAGUCGAGAAUCGUUUUAGUCAAUUAAUGAAACUUCUCUGUUCCAAGAAUACAAACUCAUUUUUUGCCUUCCAGUCGCUGGAAAUGAAUGUUAGAGCUUGCGUGCUUGACAACAACUCAUCUGUGAUCAGUCGGUUGUGUGUUUCAUGGUACAACAAACAACGAUUUAUUAUCCAUUGUAAACUGUUGCUUUUGUCAUAUCAGUAGCCGUGUAACAUCCAUAAAUAUUUUAUGAAGACUUUGCAGAGUUGUCCAACUCGUUCACAUCGUGUUCGCGCUGCUGUUAGUGUUGUAGGAUUUAUUUUUGUGGGGAGGGGGAUGUACACGUGUGUGUGGUGUCAACCCAGCCCUUGGAGGGCAAUGUCUGUGUGGCUGUCUGCUGUUUGCCUAAGUGCCCAUUGAUGUGAGAUGGAGUUGUCGUUCUCGCCACGCCUCGCUUGCUGUCUGCCUGACACGCAUCCUGGCGGAAAAGUCG